CUGAACGGUAACGGCGUUCAUGUUGUGUUGACGACGACAUCGAUGUUGAUACUGAUGACAUGCCAUGUCAACAAACAGACGAAGUAACCUAGGCCUAUUAUUACACGUACGCAGGAUUGAAAUCAUGAUUAUUGAUCUUUAGUAUCUGUUUUACUGAAGUCUUACCUUAGCAACAUAAUGAUUGAUCAAUAACAUCAAUUCAUAUAUGCAGAAUAUUAUAAAAAGGCUUUUAGUGAUAUACUGUAGAUACUCAAGUAGCUGACAACUGACUAAUAGUUUGCUGACUAACUGAGCUUUGAAUACCUUUACUUAGGUUAUCAGUAAUAUUCAUAAGUAUUAAAUUAAAUUAAGAAGUAUUCUGGAUUAAAUUAUGCUGAGAAUCAAAGGAUAUCAUUUCAUCACUCAUCAACCAUACUUCAAAUUUUCUACUUCCCAGGUAGUUCUUUCAAAAUUAAGAUUGGCACUAAUAGGUCAAAGUACAUUUGCUGCAGAGGUGUAUAAGCUGCUGAAAAAUAGAGGUCACAAUGUGGUUGGAGUGUUCACCAUUCCAGACAAAGGCUCUCGUGAAGACCCUUUGGCAACAGUAGCACGGGCUGACCAGACACCAGUAUACAAGGUGAAAGCUUGGCGUAAAGGGGAACAAGCACUCAAGGAAAUUGUAGAUCAGUAUAAGGAAGUGGGUGCUGAGCUCAAUGUGUUGCCAUUCUGCUCUCAAUUCAUACCAAUGGAUGUUAUCAACUUUCCUAAACUAAAGACUAUCUGCUAUCAUCCAUCUAUUCUGCCUAGACAUCGUGGAGUCAGUGCCAUCAGCUGGACUCUUAUCCAAGGAGACAAGGAAGCAGGGUUCUCAGUGUUCUGGGCAGAUGAGGGACUAGACACAGGUCCUAUUCUCUUGCAGCAGAAGUGUGCUGUGGAGCCUAAUGAUACAGUAGAUACACUGUACAGUCGCUUCCUGUAUCCUUGUGGUAUUAAAGCCAUGGCGGAGGCUGUAGACAUGGUGGCUGAUGGCAGUGCUCCAAAAAUUGAGCAACCAACUGAGGGUGCAAGCUUUGAGCCUUCAUUGCGAAAAAAAGAGCUCCAGAAAAUUGAUUGGAGCAAAGAUGCUGUGGGGAUACACAACUUUAUAAGGGGAUUGGACAGUUCACCAGGGGCAUGGAGCAUUUUAAAUGGAGAAGAAGUCAAAUUUUUCGGAUCAAAGUUAUGGAAAAGUGCUAAGCCUGAGGGAACACAAAUAGCAGUAAAUGGAAUGCAUCAGCCAGGCAUAGUUCACCCAGAUGGGAUUCUACUUUGGGGCAGUGAUGGCAAAAUGGUGAAUAUUGAGAGACUGUCAGUGAAUGGUAGAAUGAUAUCUGCAUCUCAGUUUGGGAAGAGUAGGGAUGAGAGUGACGCCUUGCAGCUGACAGAAAAAGAAGAAAAUAUGAUCGUUAUUUUGAAUUCAGUUUGGAAGAGCAUUUUAAGUAUAGAAGUUAAUAACACCACUGAUUUUUUUGCUUCCGGUGCUGGUUCUAUGGAUGUUGUUAGAUUAGUGGAAGAAAUAAAAGAGAAACUACAAAUAAACUUGCAGAACGAAGACGUUUUCAUGGCCCCUGUGUUCUUGGAGUUCUGUGAAACAGUUGUCAAGAAAGCUCGUGGAGCAUCUGACAAGAAAGAAUUUAAAUACAAUGCAAUUCAAAUGGAAGCCAACAAUAUCAAUUUGACAUUUCCAAACCAAUUGUUUAUCAACAAUCAUUUUGUUAAUUCUGAGUCUGGCAAGACAAUAGAUUGUAUCAACCCAUCAGAUGAGUCUGUCUUGUGCAAGGUUCAGUGUGCUAGUGAGAAAGAUGUGGAUGAUGCUGUAGAAGCAGCCAGGAAUGCCUUUUAUGAUGGAGAGUGGUCAAAAAUAAGUAACCGGGAACGAGGUGUGCUGAUGAAUCGACUCGCUGACUUAAUGGACAACCACAAGGAGGAGUUGGCGACAAUUGAGAGCUUGGACUCUGGUGCAGUCUACACUCUUGCACUCAAGACUCACAUUGGCAUGAGUGUGGAGACUUGGCGCUACUUUGCUGGCUGGACAGAUAAGAUACACGGCUCCACCAUUCCCAUCAGCCAUGCCAGGCCCAACCGCAAUCUCACCUUAACGCGUAGGGAACCAAUUGGAGUAUGUGGCCUGAUCACUCCAUGGAAUUAUCCGUUGAUGAUGUUGUCUUGGAAGAUGGCACCCUGCUUAGCGGCUGGAAAUACAGUUGUCAUCAAGCCCUCUGAACAAUCACCUCUCACAGCUCUCAAGUUUGCUGAACUCUCUGUAAAAGCUGGCUUUCCACCUGGAGUAAUCAACGUGUUACCUGGAAAAGGAAGUGAAGCUGGAGCAGCUAUAGCAAACCACGCUGAUAUCAGGAAGGUGGGCUUCACCGGUAGCACCAAGACUGGCCAACACAUCAUGAAGAAUGCAGCCUCCAACUUGAAGAAAGUUUCACUUGAGCUUGGAGGCAAAUCUCCACUUGUAGUCUUUGAUGACUUUGACCUUGAUAAAAGUGUCAGGCUGAGCAUGGGAGGAGUUUUCUUUAAUAAAGGAGAGAACUGCAUUGCGGCUGGACGUGUAUUUGUUGAAUCUAGUAUUCAUGAUGAAUUCUUGAAGAAAUUAGUUGAAGAGACUAAAAAAGUAGUGAUUGGUGACCCUUUGAACAGGAACACCCAACAUGGGCCCCAGAACCACUUGGCCCAUCUUAAUAAGCUGAUGGCUUAUUGCCAGAAGGCACAAAAGGAAGGAGCAACACUGGUGAUGGGAGGUCAACGCUGCAACAGGCCAGGAUACUUCUUCCAGCCCACUAUUUUCACUGAUGUUGAGGAUCACAUGUUCAUAGCCAAUGAAGAAGCUUUUGGGCCUAUUAUGGCUAUAACAAAAUUUUCUAGCAGUGAUCUGGAUUCUCUAAUAAAAAGAUUAAAUAGUAUAGAAUAUGGGCUUGCAUCAGGCAUCAUUACAAGAGACAUCAACAGGGCUUUGAACUUUGCUGAGAAAAUUGAAGCUGGCACAGUGUUCAUCAAUACUUACAACAAAACUGAUGUUGCUGCUCCUUUCGGUGGCUUCAAGCAGUCUGGCUUUGGAAAGGAUCUAGGGGAAGAGGCACUGAAUGAAUAUACCAAAGUGAAGUGCAUCACUGUAGAGUACUGAGGACUAUGCCCAACAUUAUGACUAUUUUAUCCCCCAACAUUAUGACUAUUUUAUCCUAAUUUAUUUUUUUGUUGUACUUACUGUCAUAUUUCAUAGGCAAAUAUGAAAUUUAAGCAAAUUAUAAAUGUUUAACUUGGUGAAUAAUGAAAAUUACUGAAAACAAGCAGUAGAGAGAGAGGUGAUUUGGAAAGUAAUUUAGAGCCAGUUUAUGCUUCCAACCACCAGCUUAAAAAUUAGGGGUUGUUGCUUAAUCUAAAUUUGGGUAAAAUCACAUCUUAAUUUCUGUUUAUUCAAUCUAAUUCUCAAAAUAUGAGAACCGUACAAUGGAUAAAUAUAUUGACUGAAUGGGCUAAACUUUCAAAUACAAAAUUACAUCAUAUAUGCCAGUUUAUACUGGUAUUAUGAAUGUAUCUCAACAAUUUUGAUUUUCUCAAUUGUAAUAUAAUCCUAAAUGAACAAUAAGGAAUCUUUUUAUUUCUCAAUAGUUUUUAUUUUACAGUUAGUUACUGACCCCCACAAACAAGUAUUUUAGUUCAGUUGUGUUUUAUUGUAACAAGGUACUUUUUAUAUUUUCUCAUAUAUAACCAUGCUCACAAGGAUCAAGUGUUAAGUAAUGAUACAAGACUUCACAAAAAUACAUUAAAUCAAUAGCAAAAUUACUGUAUUGUAGUAUAGUAGUAUAGUUAUUGUUUAUCACUAACUUAUGAGGGUUAUAUCAAUAAUGUUCAGUUUGUGUGUUAAGUUUUCAGCUUUGUCCAUUGACAUAAACUUUAGAUAUUGCUUGUAUGCCUGUAAAAUUUUUCAAAUUUGAAACUUAUAAAAUAUAUUUAAAAUCAGUUUAUUAUAUUUUAAACAUUGUGAGUGAGGUGAAUAUGUGUGUAGUUAAAACGUUCUAUUGAUAUAGCAUAAUUUUGUUGAGAUAAAAUUCUCUUGAAACCCUAAUAAUGUAAUAUCCUAGCAUUUGCUCUGAUUUACAAGUUGUGUGGGUGGUGCUUUUAUUUGCUGAAAUGCCUCCAAGUCUGUAAGGGGCCUCUCACCACUUUGCUACCCAGUAAAACCUCUUUACUUGGCUAUCCAAACUGUGGGGAGGAGGGAGUAUCUCCAUGUAAACAGUCAAUACUGCAGUCAAAAUUGCUAGAGGUUAAAAACCUCAUAAAUAAAACCUAGCCAUAAAAAUUAUAUGAGGAUCAUUUUUAAAGCAAGAACUGAUUGCGCAUUGUGCAGCCACUCUUUGCCAGUCCCCCACUACAACACCAUUAUGUUUCAUGUCUCUAACAGUGUUAGUUGUGUGGUUAUACUGCUUUGUUCGUCGCUAUGUUUAUAAUUAAUCUCACCGUGUGUAAUUGUGAAGAAUAAGAAUAACUUAUAAGAAUUGUAUUAGAAUAAAAAAACAUGCUCAGUUUUUAAAUGCAAAAAAUGUUGUGUUGCUGAAAUUCACCGGCAACUUGUUGUAAUUUAUGGCGAGGAUGUAAUGUAACGAUGGAAAUGUGCGAAAAUGGUGCUUUUUAAUGAAAGAAAGACAAAUGUUCAUGAUGAAGAACAAUCUGGACAGCCUACUGUCAUGAAUGAAGACUUGUUGAAAAAAAUAUGAUGAGGAAAUGACAUGACACAGAACAGGUACUUCACUAUUAACGAACUUCAUCAGAAAUUUUCACAAGUUUCAAGGUCUGUAAUUUAUAAUAUUGUUACUGAUAAACUUCGCUACAAAAAAAAGGUGUGCAAGAUGGGUGCCAAAAAUGUUAACAGAAAAACAUAAAGCAAAGCGUAUGGCACAUUCUUUGCCCGCUUUGGAGCAUUAUCACUAGGAUUGUGAAGGAAACAGGAUUUUUCCGGACAUUUGCCAUUGUGCAGUGAAACAAGAAAUCAGUAACACCAUGUUUCGAGAUCUGCAAUCUGAUCUCUUCUAACAAAGAUAACCUUCAACAAUAACAAAGAUAACAAAAAAAUAACCUUCAAACAAAGAAAGCAUCACAAGGAUGAUGAUGAGUUCUUAAUCACAUUGUGACUGGAGAUGAAUCGUGGGUUGCAUACUACACUCCAGAGACUAAAAGUCAAUCCAGUGAGUGGUAUUACUUAAACUCUCAGACGAAGUCACGGAAAUUCGACAAAGAACCUUCGAUAAGGAAAAUCGUAGCCACAGUUUUUUGGGACCGGAAAGGCAUACUUUUGAUAGACUUUUUGCUACAAGGAAUGACAAUAAAUGCAGAAAGAUGAUAUGAAACAUUACUGAAGGUAUGCUGUUUAAAACUGCCGACAAGCCCUGCUCUCUAGCAGCGUUGUAAGAACCGUCACAGUAAGAACAGAUACACAGCUGGACAAUUUUCGUUGGGAAUUACUGGAUCAUCCACCAUAGAGCCCUGAUUUAGCACCAUUUGACUUUUUUCCAAAACCCAAGGACUUUCUUGGUGUGAAGUGCUUAGAAAGUGAUGAAAUGUUAAAAGAAAUAGUUACCAAUUGGUUUAACAGUCAGGCGGCAGAGUUCUUUGAUUAUGCGAUCCAAAAGCUGGUUCCAUGGCUUUAAAAAUGUUUUAAUGUUCAUGGUGACUAUGUAGAGAAGUGAAUAAAUGUUCAUAAUUUAGUUUUGAAACAAUUUAAAUUCAAACAUACAGUUUCCCUUGAUCCAUUACAAAUCAGUUCUUACUUAAAAAAUGACCUCUCAUACAACACAAAAUACCUAAAAAGUAUUGAAGUAUAAAACAUUACAGAUAUUUUCGUAUUGUUGUGGCAAAAUAAAUGUUAUAUGAAUUUGAUGAAUAUAACAAGUAUUGUGAUAAAAAACAUUCCACAUUUUCAAGUCUUUCAAGUGUCCCGGUAAUUUUAAUGAACAAUAACUAUAUCAAAGACACUUCUUUAAUUUUAAAUUUGUAUCUUUCUGUAAUCUAUGUGAUAUGGUUGUGUGGCAAGAUCACCAGCUAACAGACCUAUAUACCAGUGCCUAGUAGCUUUUAUGUAUUUAAGUUAGUGAAUUUACUAUAAUAUUUGAUUUACAUGUGGGGUUUUUAAUAUAAGUUUUUUAUAUUAUUUACAUAUAUUACUGUAACACAUGAAUUCAUAAUAUUCCUUGAAUGCCAGUGACAAUGUAUCAGACAGCCAGUUCAGUCCUGUCAUUGGGAUCAAGUACUUUCUUUGAUUGAUUACACAAGUAAAGUCUGAAGCUGUUGAGGCAGACAGUGUGAUAUAAUUGUAUGGAAAAGAAUUAAUAAUUAUUUAUGGUACCAGUAUAGGUAUUUUUGAUUUAUUAUUUACUAUAUUAAUCAUUCCAAAAGACUAUUUGUGUAGUUUUAUAUAUUUAAUAUAAUUAAAUUAAGUUUUUAUAUGAAUGUGGAAUCAGUAUGCUUUGUUGCUGUUAUUUAUGUUAGUUAUAUAACUUUCUAAGUAUUUCAAAGGUUUAUUGCUUAAUGUUUUAUAAAUAAUUAAUGUUUGCUUAAUUUAUGUUCACAAAGGUAACUUUAUAAACUGCCUAUCUUCAUGUAUUCUGAACCAAACAAAAUUGAUUACUUAUCUUUUUUUUAGAAAACAUCGUAAUGGUUUUAAUUAACUAGAUUGUCUUUCAGUUCCCAUUUUUUUCUUUCUGAAAUAUAGUUUUAAUCUCUUGUAAUUUUUAAUUUUCAUUGUUCACCGGCUGAGCACAAAAAUCUUACACACAUGUUGUCAUAACAAAUAAAUAUUUACAAUAUAAUUACUUCUCAUUAAAAUGCUGGUAAACUAGUUGUUGUACACAAUGAGGACAUCUGUGGUGUACAUUGUUGUACACCUUUUAAAACGUUAACGAAAAAGGUCACCAAAUUUGUAAAUUUUAUAUGCAUUUCUGUUGUUUUAUUACUCAAAGUAUUUGAGAAGUUUGUAUGUAGUUAUGUUUACCAGUCUGCUACAUUCAUAAUAUCUAAACAAACACAGGUUAUAUUAAAAUAUACCAGCCGGUUCUGAAUAUAAACUCGAUUGAAUGACACCAGUCUAAAUUUUUAAUUAAAUCCGAUAACAAUGUCUUCCUAACUUAAUUUUAAUAACUUUUAAUAAAUCUCUGUAAACUUUGACUAAAACUGUCACAAAGUAAAAGAAGAUUUCGCCAAUUUCUAAAAUGUUUUUUUUCAGUAGUAAAUAGAGAUUAUUUAGUCUAUGCUUAAAUCCGUUCCUCACUAUACUAACGUUUAGCAACUUGAAUCAGUGUAGUACGCAUGGUAGCAUCAUAGUACAUUUCUUGUAAAAAGAGAUUUAUUUAUAAAAAAUGACUGUAUUUAGUAAUUAUAAUACUAUACAAAAGCACCAAAUUUAUUUCUAUAUGACAUACAGUAAUGAAGUAGUUAAGGUUUAUUGAGUGCUAUCCUUCAUUAAAAUACACUAAUCAAGUUGUAAAUUUUGAUUAACUGUUGAUUAAUAGCUGAUUACUACUUUUGAUACCUGAAAUUAUCUUAUUGAUCAAAGAUGCCAUGACUAACACCAUGAUACCAAUUGUUUUUUUUAACUUUUUUGUUUGUGGGAUUUUCUGCUAUCUUGUUAGCUUGUUAUGUAAUUUCUUUAGAAGCAGUAAAUGUUGUUUUGCGGAACUGUUAUUUACAUUAUGUUUUAUUUAUCAACGUAAUGUAACCAAAUACUACCUAUUGAACAUAAAAUUAAGUGUUUACAUGAUUUUAUUAUUAUAUAUUUUCUUACUUUAAAUUAGAUGUUUUACUACAUACAAUUAACCUUACAUAAUAUAACUAGUAAUACAUAAUAGUUACAUAAGUAACUUUCUGUUGUUAAGUGUUGUAAAAAGCUUAAAUUCAGUUAAUGAAAAUUUAAUUGAUGUUAUUUGGUAAAUCAACUUGUUUAAACCAACAAAAACAUACAAUAAUCAAAUAAUGUAAAAAAACUUAUUCUAUGACAUAUCUGUUUAUAACAGUAAUGAUGCUGCUUCAGGUUCUAGUGGACUGUAAUCUUAUUACCCCAUUUGUACUUGUCUUUAUUCUAUUAUAUAUAUAUAUAUAUAUAUAUAUAUAUAUAUAUAUAUAUAUAUAUAUAUAUAAAAUAUGUCAAAAAGGUUAUAUGUAUGGCCAUUAUAACUUACUUAGGUCUUACUAUUUUUUGUGCCGUAUUUGAUUAUGCCUUGUUUCCACGAUUAAGAAAACAUAUACACAUACACAGAUCUUAGAAGCCUAAUUUUUUCAAAAGACAACUAAGAUGGGUUUAAUAACAGUCUUUAAAUUUGUAGUAAUAGUUGGAUAGUAACUUUGUCUUUGAUAUCUGCAUUACAGUAUUGACCAACCAAUGCAUACUUAAUAUUUGCUAAAAUGUACACUUUAAAGUAUAGUUUUACUAAACUAUUAAUUUUGUUAUCUGGAUAUUUUCUUACUCUGUGCUUAACAGUGGUUACAGAAAAGGUCGAAAUAAGAAGUGUUGCUUUCAAGCGUAUUUUAUGCUGUCAAGACUAUAAAUGUAAACAAAUUGAAAAUAGUGGUUAAAAUUAAUUAAACAUAAAUGGUUGUGCUAUCAUAAAGCAAUGUUUACACAGAACAGUUGAUUACAUUUAACAGACUCUUUCAAUUAAGAUGUGUUUGCUGUAAUGGCACUUUAGAGACCAAUGGGGCAUAGUCCAGAGGGAUUUUUGAAAUAAGAAUAGGCCUUUAUGAUAACAAAGGAUACUAAGGAAUGCCUAUUUAAAAUUUCAGUAUAAUUGAUCCAGUUGUAUGUAAUUUAGUUGAUUUCUUCAUAACAUAACUUAAGUGAUGCUACCUGUAAAUAAGUUUCCAUUUUAAUACCGGUGAUUUAUAUUUUUCUGUUAUUGUAUAGAUUAUGUCUAGAAGUAACAGAAAUGUAUUUAAAAACUAGUUAUAUAAAAUGUUUUUUUCAAAUCCAAAAAUACAACAAAUGAAACCCUACAGUUAUCAAGCAACAGGAAACAUAAAGUAUAAUGAAAUAAAGAAUUUAUUGUUACUACAUAGUUAUUGAAUGAAAUAUCAUUGUGCUCCACUUUGGCUAUGGCAGAAGGUGAAAUAAAAUGCCCUUUUCUAACCUUGAAAAUAGGUAAUUUAUUGAGUAAUAAAAUUAAAAAUAACAUGUGUCAUAAUUCAAAAGUUUUCAAUUAAAAAAUGUGUUUUGGUCACAGAUUAGGUCUGUGAUAGUAUGAAUGGUGCUAUGCUAAUGCGUUAUUGAGUAGUAAUUAACCCACAUUAUCCUACUUAUAUAGAACACCUUGGUGUGGUGUAUAAUCCAUCUUCAUGGCAGAUGAGAGUUAAACAUACCUGACAAAUAAUGGUGACAUGUAAUAAAGUAAUUUAUGGACAUUCUGUACAUAACAUGCACAUCUAGUAAUGAUGAAAACACCCAAGGACUAAACUUCAGUAAAUAAGGAGAACAAAGCGGAAAGUAACAUUUACAGUCACUGCAAAUCAAAGUAGUCUUGGUUGUCCGUUCAAAGUAAAAGUGCAUUUUUGUUCAGUGUUUGUUUUUAAAGAUGUAAGGAUUGAGAAGGAAACAGGAUUUUUGUGGCCAUUGUUCAGUGAUACAAAAAAUCAGUAACACUACAUUAGCCAACCACUAAGCCAACCAAAUCCUGUUUCUUUUCAUUUAUUAAUAGCAACCAUUUGGUCUACGAAAUCCAGGUUUCUUAGGUAAUUUAGGCUAAAAAGGAAUUUAAGUUAUAUAGAUAAGAAAAGGAAAUUACUGCUAUUAAUUUGCCACUUUUAAACAGAAUGCUUUGAAGUUAUGUUUUUAUUAAGAAAUUUUAAAACCUUAACUUUCAUUUUAUAGAAAUGUUAAGAUUAAGAGAUUUGAUGAGGUAUUGAGGAAUAUUGCAUACCUGUAUCUUACAUUAUACUCCUACAUAUCUUGCAAUGUAUUCUGUAAAUUUAUUUGACAGAUAACAGUAUAAACCUGUGUUAUGCUUGUUAGUAGCUAGAAUUUGUUGUACUACUACAGAAAUAUCUAUUUUAUUUGUAUUUAUUGUUUUUCACAAGACAAUAACUUUUGUGGUGAUGUUAUCCAUGACAUUUAUUGAACUAUAUGCCUUGCCUUUUUAUAACUUUUUUUAUAAAAUAAACACAUUUUACAAGUUA